AUGUACCUGGACAACAAAGAUGAUGGUGUAAUCGCCAGAAAAAUAGAUAUGGAAUUGGCCCAGGCCCUGGACUCCCACCAACUGGGUGUGCUUGGAGAUGGAGCAGCAAAGCCAAUUUCCUGCAAUGUCAGCAAGCUGAAGCUCUUGAAGGAGAUGGUGAUCGGUCAGGGAGAGUCACAUCAACCCUAUCCAAGCAUUGCACAAGGGCCAGGCCAAUGUAUUACUUUGGGGAAAGAUUUCGGCCCUCUCACUAUGCAACAGAGGUAUCACUACACUUUGCCCAAAUUCUUCCGCACAAUAUCAGAAGACAGUUGUUUUACAGAAAGGACACCUCUGUUGAAAGUUUCCACUAAAGAAAAUGGGUUAAAGUGCACAGCUGUUCAUAAUGCAGAUUUCAUCACAGAUGAUGACUUUUGGGAAAACAGUUCUGCAGAAUUUGAGCAAAGGUCUCAGCCAGGAAGUGAAAUGACCAGCUUGUCCAGAUCUGCUUCCUGUGAGGAAAAAGGCGAAAUAUUGGACAAUUUUCAUAUCAAAUUCAAUUUAUCCAAGAUGAGAUGCUGUUUAAAACUCCUAAAGGUUUCAUGCCUUUUUAUCUUUGUAGUUGUAUGCUCUAUUUUGUUUAGCAUUCAUCCAGAAAACAGAACAACUUGGCAGAUGCUGGCUGUUUCACCUGUGGACAUUUACACUGUGAACUUUAGCAGUUUUAGUGAUUCUGCCCUUCUAAAGGUAGAACUGGGAGGUCCCUUUGUAGCUGAGCGACAACCAGAAGACUAUGUUGUAGUUCAAAUUGGACAAAUAGAAGAUGCCAGUCCUAAAAGGAGACGUCAAAAGCAAAUCUUAUAUAAUUGGACUCUUCCAUUAAAUCUGAAGAAAAAUGAGCAAGUUGUUGUGACUAGAAUCUUUGAGACAGUGAACAGAAAAGAAACUUCCAUAAGUAUCCAAGCAUUUCUUCAGGAAUCAGAAACCAUUCCUCUUUCUGUGACACAUCAGUAUCUCCAUGCAAAUGUAGAGGCUCAAGUCACAAUAGCAUCAGUCAUUUUAGCAGGAGUUUAUGUUCUGAUCGUGUUUGAGAUUGUCCACAGGACAUUAGCUGCGAUGUUGGGAUCCUUGGCUGCCUUAGCUGCCUUAGCUACAAUUGGUGAUAAGCCGAGCCUGAUCAAAGUAGUGGCAUGGAUUGAUUACGAAACUCUGGCACUAUUGUUUGGAAUGAUGCUUUUGGUUGCUAUCUUCUCUGAAACUGGAUUUUUUGAUUACUGUGCAGUAAAGGCUUACAGACUUUCUCGAGGUAGGGUGUGGACUAUGAUUAUCAUUCUUUGUCUUAUUGCUGCAAUUCUCUCAGCCUUCCUGGACAAUGUUACUACAGUGCUCCUCUUUACUCCAGUAACUAUAAGGUUAUGUGAGGUGCUUAAUCUUGAUCCCAGGCAUGUCCUGAUUGCUGAAGUUAUCUUCACAAAUAUUGGAGGGGCUUCUACAGCUAUUGGGGAUCCACCAAAUGUGAUUAUUGUUUCAAACCAGGAACUCAGGAAGGUGGGGUUGGACUUUGCUGCAUUUACAGGACACAUGUUUAUUGGAAUUUGUCUCAUACUUCUGGUUUCCUUUCCUUUUCUACGGCUACUUUACUGGAACAAAAAACUCUACAACAAGGAACCAAGUGAGAUUGUUGAACUGAAACAUGAAAUCCAUGUUUGGAAGCUGACAGCCCAGAGAAUUAACCCUGCAAGCAGAGAAGAAACAGCUGUGAAGUGCCUCUUAAUGCAAAAAGUUCGUACUCUAGAGUUCUUGCUAAGGAAAAAGCUCAAAACUUUCCACAGACAAAUCUCACAAGAAGAUAAAAACUGGGAAACAAAUAUCCAGGAGCUCCAAAAAAAGCACAGAAUAACUGACAAGUUGCUUCUCAUCAAAUGCCUGAUGGUUUUAGGAUUUGUUAUCCUCAUGUACUUUCUCAGUUCGUUUGUUCCAGGAGUUCAUUUAGAUCUUGGGUGGAUUGCUAUGUUGGGAGCUGUCUGGCUUCUUGUGCUGGCCAACAUUCAUGAUUUUGAAAUGAUUCUGAGUAGAGUGGAAUGGGCAACACUCCUUUUCUUUGCAGCAUUGUUUGUUUUGAUGGAGGCUUUGGCUCAUCUUCAUUUAAUAGAAUACGUAGGAGAACAAACAGCUUUGUUGAUAAAGGUGGUCCCCGAAGAUCAACGCUUGACAGUUGCUAUUAUUUUAGUUCUCUGGGUCUCUGCCUUGGCAUCAUCCCUAAUUGACAAUAUUCCAUUCACUGCUACAAUGAUUCCUGUACUUCUCAACCUGAGUCAAGAUCCUGAGGUUAACUUACCUGUGAAGCCCCUGAUCUUUGCAUUAGCCAUAGGUGCCUGUCUUGGAGGUAAUGGGACAUUGAUUGGAGCAUCUGCAAAUGUUGUUUGUGCAGGAAUUGCAGAGCAACAUGGCUAUGGCUUCUCUUUCAUGGAAUUUUUCAGGUUGGGGUUCCCCAUGACAAUCAUAUCCUGUACCAUCGGAAUGUGUUAUCUUCUUGUUGCUCAUGUUGUAUUGGGUUGGGCUUAA